UUUUUUUUCUUUUCCCUUCCCCUCUCUCCUCGUGUUUUAUUACACCGAUUCUGGUUUGGGGGGCUAGCGAAGCAAGGCGGCUACUUCCUCAGCCAGUCCUGGUUGGCUUGCCAUUUUCCAUCUGGCUUAUAAAAGUUUGCUGAGCACAGUCCAGAGGGCUGCGCUGCUCGUCCCCUCGGCUGGCGGAAGGGGGUGACGCUGGGCAGCGGAGAGCAGCGUGCCGCUGGCUCUGGCGGACUUUCGGUUCCAGGGGCAAGGUGAAGAGCGCGCACGGGCCCGGGGUUGACGGAGCUGGAUUUGCAUGUUGCACCAUGCCUUCUUGCAUCGGGGCUGCGAUCCUUCCUCUCUCUGGGCUGCUGCUAUCCCUCACGGCCGGGGCAGACUUGAAGGCUCGGAGCUGCGGCGAGGUCCGCCAGGCGUACGGUGCCAAGGGAUUCAGCCUGGCGGACAUCCCCUACCAGGAGAUCGCAGGGGAACACUUAAGAAUCUGCCCACAGGAGUACACGUGUUGCACCACAGAGAUGGAAGACAAAUUAAGUCAACAAAGCAAACUGGAGUUUGAAAACCUGGUGGAGGAGACGAGCCAUUUCGUGCGCACCACGUUUGUGUCCAGGCAUAAGAAAUUUGACGAAUUUUUCCGAGAACUCCUGGAGAACGCAGAAAAGUCGCUCAAUGAUAUGUUUGUACGGACCUAUGGAAUGCUGUACAUGCAGAAUUCAGAAGUGUUCCAGGACCUGUUCACAGAGCUGAAGAGAUACUACACCGGGGGCAAUGUGAAUCUGGAGGAGAUGCUCAACGACUUCUGGGCCCGGCUGCUGGAACGCAUGUUUCAGCUGAUAAACCCUCAGUAUCACUUCAGCGAGGACUACCUGGAAUGUGUGAGCAAGUACACGGACCAGCUGAAGCCGUUCGGCGACGUGCCCCGGAAGCUGAAAAUCCAAGUGACUCGUGCCUUCAUCGCAGCACGGACUUUCGUCCAGGGGCUGACCGUGGGCCGAGAAGUUGCAAACCGAGUCUCUAAGGUGAGCCCAACCCCUGGGUGCAUCCGUGCCCUCAUGAAGAUGCUGUACUGCCCCUACUGCCGAGGCCUGCCCUCCGUGAGACCCUGUAACAACUACUGCCUCAAUGUCAUGAAGGGCUGCUUGGCCAACCAGGCUGAUCUGGACACAGAGUGGAACCUGUUCGUAGAUGCAAUGCUUCUGGUGGCAGAGCGACUGGAAGGGCCCUUCAACAUCGAGUCGGUAAUGGACCCCAUAGACGUCAAGAUUUCUGAAGCCAUUAUGAACAUGCAAGAAAACAGCAUUCAGGUGUCUGCCAAGGUCUUUCAAGGAUGUGGCCAGCCCAAACCUGCUCCAGCUCUCAGAUCAGCACGCUCAGCUCCUGAAAAUUUCAAUACCCGCUUCAGGCCCUAUAACCCAGAGGAAAGACCAACAACAGCUGCGGGCACAAGCUUGGACCGGCUGGUCACAGACAUAAAAGAGAAAUUGAAGCUCUCUAAAAAAGUCUGGUCGGCGUUAGCCUACGCUAUCUGCAAAGACGAGGGUGUCACCGUGGGCACAUCCAAUGAAGAGGAAUGUUGGAAUGGGCACAGCAAAGCCAGGUACUUGCCUGAGAUCAUGAACGAUGGGCUGACCAACCAGAUCAAUAAUCCCGAAGUAGAAGUGGACAUCACACGGCCAGACACUUUCAUCAGACAGCAGAUCAUGGCUCUCCGUGUGAUGACCAACAAACUGAAGAACGCAUACAAUGGCAAUGACGUCAACUUCCAGGACACAAGUGAUGAAUCCAGCGGCUCGGGGAGCGGCAGCGGGUGCAUGGAUGACGUGUGUCCCACAGAGUUUGAGUUUGUCACCACGGAGGCCCCGGCAGCUGACCCCGACCGGAGGGAAGAGGACUCGGCGGCAGCCCAGCUCGGUCACUCCCUGCUCUCCUGGUCUCUGGUCGGCCUGGCCCUGGCAGUGCAGAGACUGUGCAGAUAAUCCUGGGUUUUUGGUCAGCUGAAACUGCAUUUUAGCUCUCGGAAUGGCCAACUCCUCUCUUUUGGUACACUCUUGGCCAAUGGACCACGCCACACCAACUUCCCGUUUUCUAUGAGAAGAGGGCAGUCCUGCCAGCUGCCUCCGUUUUUGUUUUCCCAAAGAAUACCGGGUGCCAGACUGAACUGCCUCCUCUUUCCUUCAGCUGUCUGUGGGGACCCUGUUUAUUCUAGAGAGAAUUCUUACUCAAAUCUUUCUUACCAGGAGGUUUUCUUACCUUCAUUUGCUUUUAUGCUGCAAAAGUAAAGGAAUCUCACGUUGUG